AUCAGUCUUUUGAAUGAAUUCAUUAAGAUAGGACGUGUGAAAAAAAAAAUAGUAUCACAAGUGUAUUAAGUUCUGAUUCACAUUCUAGUCAGAAUAUUACGAGUCAUUUGCACAGUACUUAAUCUCUCGCUGAAUUAUCGGAAAUAAUUCUGCAAUUUUGUUAUCAAAUAAAAAAUAAGCUCCGCUAUUUAAAUUAGGGAGCAGCAUUAACUAAAGUGAAGCAUAUUCAUGAGCAAUAAAAUUCAAUUUGAACUAAUUUAAUAGAGAAAAUUAUUUUUGGCAGUCGGUGACUUAAAGCAAUGAGUAAAUUUGACACAAACCUGACAAAAUCACUCGAUCAGAGUACGAUAAAAAAUGUUGAAAGUGUGAUACCCAAGAAAAGGCAAGACCUCUUAAAGUGGAGUGGAUGGGGCUAUCGUGACUCAAAAUUCUAUCCUAAACAUGAGGAAGUAUUUUUUUCUGGUGCACGAUAUCCAAUUGGUGGUGACGUUAAACUUCCACAUUUUGGUGAUUGGAUUCGGAGAAAUUUUAACUUGAAAAUGGAUGAUUUGCUCUCUCAGCCACAGAAGCCUUUAGAAUAUCCCGAGCCAAAAUUAGAUGAAAUAUUUUAUGAAGCAAUACAAGAAUUAAAUAUUGACUAUUCCAUAACUGGAGAGGAUCGUUUAGUGCGCUGUCAUGGCCAAACACUUCACGACAUUUAUUGUCUACGCAAUGGAAAGUUUGAAAGAAUUCCUGAUCUUAUUCUAUGGCCAAAAUCUCACGAAGAAGUCGUAAAGAUUGUCAAAUUAGCUACUGAAAAUAAUAUUUGCAUAAUUCCCUUUGGUGGUGGAACAAGUGUCAGUGGAUCCAUCACAUGUCCUCAGGAUGAAAAGCGCUGUAUAACUGUAAUCGAUACAACUCAAAUGAACAGACUUUUAUGGCUUGAUAAACAAAAUUUGGUUGCUUGUUUUGAGAGCGGAAUUGUUGGACAAGAUUUGGAGCGUGUGUUGCAAGAAGAAGGACUUACAAUGGGCCAUGAGCCAGACAGCAUAGAAUUCUCCACAUUGGGUGGUUGGGUUGCAACACGAGCAUCUGGUAUGAAGAAGAAUGUUUACGGAAACAUUGAAGAUAUUGUUAUUCGAGUCAAAAUGGUGACAUCAAAAGGUAUUCUUGAACGUAAUAUUUCAGCGCCACGUGUCAGCUGUGGACCAGAUUUUAAUCAAUUAAUACUUGGGAGCGAAGGUACAUUGGGAAUUGUAACAGAAGUCGUAGUCAAAGUUCGUCCAUUACCUCCAGUCAAAAAAUACGGCUCAUUAGUCUUUCCUGAUUUUGAGUCUGGCAUUCGCUGUUUGCGUGAAAUAGCAAAAAAGAGAUGUCAACCGGCUAGUAUACGACUAAUGGAUAAUGAACAAUUUGUUUUUGGACAAGCAUUAAAAUUAGACACUGGAAUAUUUGCAAGUUUUGUUGAUGGAUUAAAAAAUUUCCUUCUAACAAAAGUGAAAGGAUAUGAUCUUACAAAAGUAUCGGUAGCAACAUUAUUGUUUGAAGGUGAUAAAGAAGAAGUCGAUAGACAAGAGAAGCUUAUCUAUGAGAUCGCAGAUCAGUAUUCAGGUCUCAAAGCAGGAGAAACAAAUGGACAAAAAGGCUACGUACUGACAUUUGUUAUUGCAUAUAUUCGGGAUCUUGGACUAGACUAUGGUAUAGUUGCCGAAUCAUUCGAAACAUCAGUACCAUGGGAUAAGUGUGAGAGUUUAUGCCGCAAUACAAAGGCUGUAGUUCGUCAAGAAUGCAAAAAACAUGGAAUCGACCAUUAUCUAAUUAGUUGUAGAGUGACGCAGACGUAUGAUGCCGGUGCAUGUGUUUAUUUUUAUUUUGGUUUUCGAUGGAAUACUGAAUGUCAAAAUCCGGUUGAUCUUUAUGAGGAAAUUGAAUUAAUGGCAAGGAAUGAAAUUUUAGCCUCAGGUGGUUCAAUUUCACAUCAUCACGGGAUUGGAAAAAUUCGUGCACGUUGGUACAAGCAGAGUGUCUCAUCGAUAGGUGUCAGCCUUUAUAAAGCUGCAAAAAUGGAGCUUGAUCCGAGAAACAUUUUCGGACUUAAUAAUCUUCUCACUCCUGAAGAUGCCAUUGACUUUGAAAAACUUCAAUCAAAGCUUUAAUUCAAUUUUGCUUAUUACUUGACCAAAACAGUUUUGGAUAGACAAUUUUGCUUCUUCUUCUUUGUUGGAUUUGUUUUCUUUUCUACAGUUUUAUUAAAGUUUGAGUUUUUUGAUGCGAAAGUAAGCUAAUUAAGAAGCAUUUCUUCUAUGUAAACUACAAAAUAUUAAUAAAUAAAU